AUGGGCAAAAUUCUUCAAGGGAAUGAAGGAUGUUUACCCUGCUUGUGUGAUGUAUUUGGGUCAGUGAGAAGUGAUUGCGACCACGUGACUGGUCAGUGUUUAUGUAGGUCAAAUAACGUAAACAAUAACAACAACAACAACAUCAACAACAUCAAAAACAACAUCAACAACACCAUCAACAACAACAACAUCGUCAACAACAACAACAACAACAUCAACAACAACUUCAUCAACAACAUCAACAACAAAAACAACAACAACGUCAACAACAUCAACAACAACAACAUCAACAUCAACAUUGAAAACAACAACAACAUCAACAACAACAACAUCAACAUCAACAACAACAUCAACAACAACAACAUUAACAACAUCAACAACAACAUCAUCAACAUAAACAUCAACAUCAGCAACAACAACAACAACAGUAACAAUAGUAAUAGAAGUAAUAACGAUGAUCGCAAUUUUGAUCAGAGGCUUAAUUAUAUAUGUUUAUGUCCGGCUUUCAACUGCGAUCUUCAACAACGCCAACAACAUCAACAACAACAUCAACAACAACAUCAACAAAAACAUCAACAACAACAUCAACAACAACAACAAUUUGUUUGCGGAACGAACAAUUUGACUUAUAAAUCUCAUUGCCACCUCAAAAUGCAUUCUUGCAGGCAUCAACUAGAUGUUGGUCUCUCGUAUUACGGGAGAUGUCUAGACUCCCUUGCAAAGCCAAUGUUAACGGACGAUAAUUCGAAUAUAGCGUACGGCCUAGAACUGAAAAUGAGCCACUUUGAAAGAAUUCAAAUAAUUAUUCGCCCCAGAAAUAAUUUCGGAGUCAUUUGGUCCCUCGUGAAAUCCCGGAAAGAUGAAAAUGAUGACGACAGGGGUGAUGAUGAUUAUCAUCCUUUUAGUGAUGGUGGUGAUGAUGAUAACGAUUAUGGUGAUGGUGGUGUUGGUGUUGAUGGUGGUGGUGGAAAAUCUGGCGCUUUUAAUCAUGGCGACUAUGCGGUUUUAUAUCUAUGGGAUGGAUUUGUCUGCUACAAGUAUGACCUAGGAAGCGGUCCGACUACUCUUCAGUCAGCCAAUCAAAUUACUCCAAACCAAAGAUACAGAAUAACGAUCGAGAGGAACAGAAAAGAGGCCUGGAUGUUGAUGGAGUCAUUGAAUAAUAACAACAAUAAUAAAAAUAAUAAUAAUAAUAAAAUAACGGGCAAGAGUGCUGGCGAAAUGGUUGCAAUGGACGAUACUGAUGUUAUUGUUGUUGGAUUUAAUCGCAGAAGUUUGAAAAACCGUCUCGAUGUUAAAACGAGCUUCAGGGGAUGUGUCGAAAUGCUAUCGGUCGAUAACGGUUCCGAGAAACGGUUUUACGAUACGUCCGUGAAAUACCGGCCGUCCUACAGAAUCGAGCCAUGCCCAACAUAUCCAUGCGAUUCUGUGACCUGCCUUAAUGGAGGAACUUGCCUUGAAACGUCAUCCUUACGUCAUAAUAAUAAUAAUAAUAAUAAUAAUAAUAAUCAAUAUUUCCAGUAUCAUUAUCAUCAUCUGUAUCGUCAUCAAUACUAUUGCCUUUGUAAGGACGGAUAUAUCGGUCAGAACUGUGGCCAGCACUUGAAGCACGCCAAAUGUCCAGAUGAUCAUUGCAACGGUCGAGGGAGUUGUUAUGACAAACUUUGCUCUUGUCAACUCGGAUACAUCGGGGAUAAGUGCCAAGCGUCAUCUUCGUCGUCGUCAUCCUCAUCGCCAAUGAGUUACGAUUUCAGCAGCUCUGAUUAUGUCCAGUGGAGUUUAACUGAUAAUAUUGCAAAGUCAUUUUCAUUCCAACUCUGGUUCAUGACUCGAAAAUUGAAUGGCCUUUUACUCUACGGCUCUCAAGAUGUCACAUUGGUCUAUAGUUCUGGAGCUUGCAGCAGCAAAAACAACAACAACAACAACAAUAAUAAUAAAAAUAAUAAUAUUAAUAAUAAUAAUAACAAUGGCAUAAACCCAUCCCAAGUGCCCGUUACAAAGUACACCUGGCAUAGGGUCAUCAUUCAGAGACACUUGAAGACCUCGACCUUGACAUUGGAUUUUUGGCCGGAGGUCAAGGUCGUCGGAAGCGGUGCCUAUGAAGAACUGAAUGUGCCCAUGUUCAUUUUCAUCGGCGGGCUUCCGUCUACCGGGAAAAAUGAGAAAAAACUCGGUGGGGGUUGUGGUUCUUGGGGCGGCGAAUUCCGGGGGUUUGAUGGUGUCAUAAAGAGGUUUUACGAGAAAACCCACCACCACUUCAACAUACUCACAAGAGCUCAGGGGCACACACCCUUAAGAGUUUACCCCAAAGGUGAAAAUUUUUGUAAGGGGGAUGGUGACGAUGAUCCUUGCAAAAAUAAUGGUAGGUGUGUUGAAUUGCUUCACGGCUAUUAUUGCUUGUGUGUUGGGGAUUUCUAUGGAGCCAAUUGCGACCAAUACGGCUUAAUACUACUACAAAAAUCAUCAAAAAAUUUUCCCGAUGGCGACUUCUUGGCUCUUGCCCUCGUGGAUGGCAGGGUGGUUUUGGCGGCUGAUUUGGGUAGGGAGGGUGUUGAUAACAUGAUGGUGGUUAGAUCGGAUGUGCUGGUCUAUGGUGACCAUAAAUGGCACCAUGUUUUUGUGCAUAGAAACAGAAGGUUAAUGACCUUAAUAGUGGACCACUCUGACCACCCACAACAUUCGCUGACCAAUCCAGGCGCCAAUAAUUUAGAUACAGAUGGAUAUAUCUAUUUAGGUGGUGGUGGGCAAUUAUUACACAGCAGACCUCCAGAAGGUCUGCCGGCAGAGUUCUACCUCAGUUACGUUGGCUGUCUGAAAAAUUUUGAGGUCGAAGGAGGACGGAUUCUACAGAAUUACAGCGAGAACCAACUUCAAUAUUUUUAUGCUGGUUCUCUGCUGGCCAUUGAACAGUUUCGAAAUUUCAACUCUCUUCAAGCUGGUUUCUAG